CUUCGAUCUUUUCUCCGACAACCUUCGACAAUCGACCUUGCCGGAUCUUCAAAAUGGCCCCUACUCCUACCUCCGUCCCCACCCAGGACCAGGUCCUCGUCCCCGAGACCCUCCUGAAGAAGCGCAAGAGCCAGGAGGCUGCUCGCGCUGAGCGCCGUGCCGAGACCGACGCUAAGAAGAAGGCCAACAAGGAGAAGCGUGGCGUUAUCUUCAAGCGCGCUGAGUCCUACGUCAAGGAGUACCGCGAUGCUGAGCGUGAGAAGAUCCGCCUGGCCCGCGCUGCCCGCCAGGAGGGUAACUUCUACGUCGAUGACGAGCCUAAGUUGGUCUUCGUUGUCCGUAUCAAGGGUAUCAACAAGAUUGCCCCCAAGCCCCGCAAGAUCCUGCAGCUCCUCCGUCUGCUCCAGAUCAACAGCGGUACCUUCAUCCGCCUGACCAAGGCUACCCAGGAGAUGCUGACCAUUGUCAACCCCUACAUCGCCUACGGUUACCCCAACCUGAAGUCCGUCCGUGAGCUCCUCUACAAGCGCGGUUACGGCAAGGUCGACAAGCAGCGUGUUGCCCUCACCGACAACCAGAUCAUCGAGGAGCACCUCGGCAAGUUCGGCAUUGUCUGCAUGGAGGAUCUGAUCCACGAGAUCUACACUGUUGGCCCCAACUUCAAGCAGGCCAACAACUUCCUGUGGCCCUUCAAGCUGUCCAACCCCAACGGUGGCUUCCGCACUCGCAAGUUCAAGCACUACAUCGAGGGUGGUGACACCGGUAACCGUGAGGAGAACAUCAACGCUCUCAUCCGCCAGAUGAACUAGAGUGUUUCUCUCAAAUCGGGGGUCUCAAGUUGAGCUGCAUCAAGUAAUAAUGAAGUGACUCAACCUACAAAAAAUUAUCUUAACGUUUUCUUUACGGGUUGUUUGUUCUGCACACGGGCUGUGUCUAUCAUCUGUCAAUUAGCGAUACCUAUGGUCUGGGAUUUCCGGUAAUUCAAUGCUUCAGACAACCCGCAAUCGCCU